ACUCAUUCGGCGCUUUAUAUGUUCGUCCACCUUCUUUCUCCUUUGUCGUGCUACUUCGAACGAAAUCAUUUGCCUUGUGAUGUCUUUUCGAUAGUCUCUACGCCUCCCUCCUCGCUUGCCCUCCUCCAUCCCGCAGCAGCAAUGGGUUCAUCACCUCUCCCCGUCAGCUUGCAGAGCAAGUUCCAAAGGCGUCGGCCCCAAGCAGCAGCAGCCAUGUCACGAUUGAGGGACCACCAGGGCAACUUCAACAUCCUACGAAACGUCAUCUUUGUCCUGUUCUUGCUCCGGAUCCUGCGCAAGUCGUUCUACUUCCUCCGCGGACACGGCUUGAUCGGUUCGGUGCUCGUCCUCUACCGGUACCUCCACAAGAAUGCAUACAAAUUUUUCCUAAGUCUGCCGGGAGUGAGGUCCCAAGUGGCCAAACAACUGGUCGCGGCGCGCAAGGACAUGGAGGACAAACUGGUUCCCUCGGGUCCCGGGACGAACCACUACUUGCACCUACCGAAGGAGCCUUGGACGAAAGAACAACUGCACACGGAACUCGAGUCGCUGGUGGCCAUGAAGCGGACGCGCUGGGAAGAAGGAAAGGUCUCGGGCGCCGUGUACCACGGCGAGGAUUUUCUCUUGGACAUUCAGAGUGAGGCCAUGAGGCUGUUCAGCGUCGCGAACCCGAUCCACGCCGACGUGUUCCCCGCGGUCCGGAAAAUGGAGGCCGAGGUGGUGGCCAUGGUGCUGGCCCUGUUCAACGCGCCCGAGUCCGGGGCCGGGGCGACCACCUCGGGAGGCACGGAGUCGAUCCUGAUGGCUUGUCUGUCGGCGCGGCAAAAGGGUUAUACAGAAAGAGGCAUCACGGAACCCGAGAUGAUCAUCCCCAGCACGGCCCACGCCGCCUUCCACAAGGCCGCGAGCUACUUCAAGAUCAAACUGCACCAGGUCGCGUGUCCCGCCCCAGAGUACAUGGUCGACGUCGCCCGAGUCAGGAGGUUGAUCAACCCCAACACAAUACUGCUCGUCGGCUCGGCACCGAAUUACCCUCACGGCAUAGUCGACAACAUCCCGGCCCUGUCGAAAUUGGCAGUCUCUUACAAGAUUCCUCUUCAUGUCGACUGCUGUCUGGGUUCGUUCAUCAUGCCUUGCUUGGCGAAAGCCGGUUUCCCUUCCCCUUGGGCCGACGAGGGUGGGUUUGAUUUCCGUCAGCCCGGCGUGACCUCCAUAAGCGUCGAUACGCACAAGUACGGAUUCGCCCCGAAGGGAAACAGCUGCGUUCUCUACAGGAACCGCGAGCUCAGAGAGUACCAGUACUUUAUUUGUCCCGAGUGGGCUGGCGGCGUCUACGGGUCACCCAGCAUCGCCGGGUCACGUCCCGGUGCGCUCAUCGCGGGCUGCUGGGCCAGCAUGAUGGCCAUCGGCGAAAAGGGAUACGUCGACGCCGCGCACAAGAUCGUCAGCACGAAAUUGACCAUCGAGAACGCCGUCAAGGAACACCCCGUCCUGAAAGAGACACUCAGGAUCCUAGGUCGACCGAUGGUCAGCGUGGUCGCGUUCGAGUCCAUCGACCCCGCCGUGUCCAUCUACGACGUCUCCGACGCCAUGUCCCACCGAGGGUGGCACCUGAACUCGCUCCAGGACCCUCCCGGCGUCCACGUCGCCGUGACGCUGCCGAUGACGAGACCGGGGGCCGUCGACGGUCUGAUCGACGACCUCGUCGCCACGAUCAAGGAGGAAAAGGAGAAGGCCGUGGAAAGAUUAAAGGCCGGGGGACCGAUCGAGAAAGGAAAAGGCUCGAGUGCCCAACUGUACGGCGUCGCCGGUAGCAUACCGGACAAGAGCAUCGUCGAGAAGAUCGUCGUCGCUUAUUUGGAUACCCUUUAUAAAGCGUGAUGGUGGGAAUUUUCGUCCCUCGACUACUUUGCGGUACGACUUUUUUUGUGGAUUCAUAGCCUGAAUUAUGUCGCCGUCAUAGCCAUUAUUCAAUUCAUAUAUGACAAACAUAAUUCACUCAUGUGUUGGCAGAUAUGGUCAAGCGUGAUGUCGUUUGCCUUUGUGCUUCAGACAUUUCUGAUCCUCUAUCGCUUUGCUCGCCUUGAGAUGAAUUAUGAGGGUACAAUAUGAAGUAUAAAUUGACACGACCUGGUUAACUAGGUAAUUAGAUAUUCAUGUCGGAAACCCCCCAAGUCCAUUCUG